AUAUAAACACAUCAAUUUUGUAGACUUUCUUGUGUUUGCUUCUACACCCAAACACACUAAUCACUAUUUUCCAAGCCCACGCAAAUUUCAGCGUUCCUUUUCUUCCUUGUUUGAGUUUCAGAGUUGGAAAUAUAUAGGAAACGGCAGAAAUUUGCGGGAAAGUUUAAUGAGAAGGCAUUUAUUUUGUCGUUCCAGCUUAAUUUUCUUCAUUUUUAGCUCGUGAAUCGCCACCUCCAUUCCGCACCCCUCUUCACUUCUGAUGUUUUUCCGUUUCUUCUUCAAUCCAAACAGCCCAUUAGCUGAGAUUGUGAUUGAUUGCCCGAUUCAGCCUUUUGGGCUUUCCAUCUACUGAGAUUCAAUUCCCCUAGCUGAACCGAUUUGCAUGAUACCGAUAAUUUAGUUUACUGUAAGUUGUUCGUGUUCUCGGGUGUGAAGCGGGCUUCAAUCCCCGAACGGCGAUGCAAAUCUGGAAAUCGUAAGCCUCGGAAUGGAUAUUUUGAAUGUGGGAAUUGAUUGGAUAGGGGAGCACUUUGAAUGAGGCAGCAAUGUGGUGUUUAGCGGAGCAAUGGAAGUUAGAUCUGAGGGUGUACAAGUUAGGUCCGAUAAACUCCCAGUUCCUGUAGUUCCGAGGACCCGUUUGCAGGUUUGGUUUGUUCGCGUCUGCUCCAGCAUUUUGCUCUGGACAUUUUUUGUUCAGCUCGUUGCAUUUGGGAAGUUAUGGCAUCCCCUUUUUAUAUCCAAUAUAACCAAUCGGAUUUCGCAAGUUACUGGGAUUCCGCUCUCGCUACACGUCGGAGAGUCCAUUCAAUCGGCGCCGCUUCUUCCAGCAAGGAACUAUUCAAGUAAUGGUUAUCUUCGAGUGUCCUGCAAUGGGGGCUUAAAUCAGAUGCGUGCUGCGAUCUGUGAUAUGGUGACUGUUGCUCGCCUUUUGAACUUGACGUUGGUUGUUCCAGAACUUGAUAAAACAUCUUUUUGGGCGGACCCGAGGUAUGUUCCUUUUCUUGCUAUCUGUGAUUUGGUUACUUUCUCUAACAAAUUCCAGUAUGUUAACACUGAGCUCUCGUGCAGUAAUUUUGAUGACAUAUUUAAUGUGAAGCAUUUUAUUGAUUCACUGAGAGACGAAGUCCGCAUUGUCAGAAGACUACCCAAAAAGUUCAAUAGGAAGCAUGGAUUUAUACCAUUUUCCAUGCCUCCAGUUAGCUGGUCAAAUGAAAAAUAUUAUUUAGAACAGAUUCUUCCUCUCUUUAAGAAGCACACAGUGUUGCAUUUUAAUAAAACAGAUGCACGCUUGGCAAACAAUGGAAUCCCAGUUUACUUACAGAAACUCAGGUGUCGAGUCAAUUUUCAGGCACUGAAAUUCUCCCCUCAGAUUGAAACAUUGGGUUAUAAGUUAAUCCGUCUACUUCAAGAAAAGGGACCCAUUGUGGUCUUGCAUCUGAGAUACGAGAUGGAUAUGCUGGCCUUUUCAGGUUGUACACAUGGCUGUACGACGAAAGAAGCCGAUGAGCUCAAACAAAUGAGAUAUGCAUUCCCUUGGUGGAGAGAGAAAGAGAUAUUGUCUGAAGAGAGGAGAUCACAGGGUCAGUGUCCUCUGACUCCAGAGGAAGCGGCACUGACAUUACAGGCCUUGGGUUUUAACAAGGAGACACAGUUAUAUAUUGCUGCCGGGGAGAUUUAUGGUAGUGAACGGAGGCUUGCAACUCUUAGGGAAGCCUUCCCAAUGACUGUGAAAAAGGAAGCAUUGCUAUCCCCAGAAGAAUUGAAGUUAUUUCGGAAUCAUUCAUCGCAAAUGGCAGCUUUAGAUUUCAUGGUUUCUGUAGCCAGUAACACUUUCAUUCCUACCUAUGACGGUAACAUGGCAAGACUUGUUGAAGGUCACCGGAGAUACCUGGGGUUUAAGAGAACAAUAACACUGGAUAGGAAAAAGCUAGUAGAACUAGUGGAUAUGCAUCAGAAUGGUACUCUUUCUUGGGAUGACUUUGCAGCUGCUGUAAGAUUGGCACAUGAGAAAAGGCAAGGUCAGCCACUGCAACGGAGAGCCAUUCCAGACAAGCCAAAGGAAGAAGAUUACUUUUAUGCCAAUCCACAUGAAUGCUUCUGUGAGGGAAUGAACUGCCAUCAUAGUAACUCAAGUGAAGUACUUUAACUGCCACUGACCAAACCCAGAACCCCAACUUUGUUCAUGGCGUUCCAGUGGGGAGAUCUUCUCGCUUUCAUUGCACGGUGCCCAGUCAUGUCAAUACUCAAAGUCUGAGAGGUUUGUUUAUACAAAGCAAUAGAAAUAAGAUCCUUUAGGAUUCUCCCUUGAACAUCCAUGCAUUUGUUUAUAUAGUUUUAUAUUUGUUUUAUGCAACUCUUUUUCAAUCCUGCCAUAAAAUUUUAUCAUUUGUAUCAGAUGUGUGAGAUGUCAACAAUUUUUGCAUAUGCUUAUUACAGCUUGUUCUUGCUUCUACACUAACUCAGUAAACAAGCAUUGCUUCUUUUCACUUAA